AUGAUAGCACCUUCGUCGUCAUCAAUAUCAACAACAUCAUCAAAUGAUUACCAACCAAUACUUAGUUAUCAAAUGACACAAGGACAAAAGUAUAGAAUAUCGUCUUUGGCAACCGAUGCAACUGGACAAAAGAUUGCACUUGGAAGUGAGAGAAACCUAUAUAUCCUUUUAUUGACACAAGAUGGUGGUGACACUGAAGAACAAAUAACUCUUAGAAAGACAUUGUAUCCAACCAAGGAUAGUAGUAGUACCGGCAAUGUAGUCCUAAGUUGGUGUCAUGAUAAAUUAAAAUCAAAUCUAAUUUCUACUUCUAAUGGAACCAAUUUAUUUGUAUAUGAUACAAAUGAAGAGAAAUAUGUAUAUUCAUUUAACAAGGCACAUUCAAGACACAUUUCUUCAUUGUCUUGGAAUAUGGCAGAUUCAAAUAUAUUGGCUAGUGCAUCGGGUGAUUCAUUCAUCAAGAUUUGGGAUUUAAGAGAUCAAAAGAAUGCAUCUACAUUGAUCAAUGCUCAAUCAAGUCUUAAUCAAAUCGAAUGGAAUCCACAUUCUUCAACUAUGAUUGCUUCUUCUCAUUGUGGUGAAAUUAAAAUUUGGGAUAUUAGAAAAUUUGGAUCACCAUUAACAUCAUUUACAGCACAUAUUGGUGGAAUUCCAUCUAUUGAAUGGCAUCAUAAAGAUAAAAGUACCAUAUUGACAUGUGGAACUGAUCGAUCCAUCAAAAUUUGGGAUGCAUCACCACCUUCAAAAUUAUUAAGAUCUUAUAAAAUUGGUUCACCAUGUAGUCUUUCAAAAUUUGUUCCAUUUACAAGUCAAAAAGUAGUAGCAACGAUUCAACAAAAAGGAGAUAAUGAAAUAUCAUUUUGGUCAGGUUCAAAUGAUUCAUCAGUGAUGAAUUUAGUUGGUCAUCAAAGUCCAGUUUUAUCAUUUGAUUGGAGAAUAGUUGAUGGUGCAACUCCAAGUGAUCCUACCGAUAGAAAAUAUUAUCUAGUUUCACUUGGAAAGGAUAAUUUUAUUAAAAUGUGGAAAUUUACAGAUGAAAUGAUUGGUAAUAUUGUAAAUGUUGAUAGUUUAUUAUCACCAGAAUCAAAAUCAAUAGGGAUAGGAGGAAAAAGAAAUUACCCAUUAGAUUUAAGCCAAGAAUUAUUAAGAAUUGUCCAAGAGAAAUUUAGCAAUCUAACCAUCGAGAAAACAAACAUGACAGAAAGAAUAUGUGUCGUCAAUAUUGACAAUCGUAAAAUCAUCCUCAUUAUUUCAUUUCCUUCAUUGUAUCCCUCUGCAGCUCCAUCUUUUGAAAUAUUAAUUAAAUCUUCACCAACUACAAAUAAUAUAAAGGUUCAAUUAAAAAAGGAACUUGAUAGAUUAUCAUUAGAAUUUAUUGAAACAAAGAAACCAUUUUUAUAUCAACUAUUGAAAAAGUUUUCAGAGUUUUAUUCACAAGAGAUUGAAAAGGAACCUACAUGCUACCAAAACAUUACAGAUUUUGUUGAUUCGCCACAGAUUAGCAAGAGAACUAGUUUGACAAUGCAACCAUUUAGAUUGUCUGAUUAUCAAAGACAAUACCCUUCACCAACAGAUUCCAAUAAUAAUAAUAAUACAACUCAACCAAAUACAUUGACAUCGACAACAUCAACUACAACAACAACAAUAAUACCUCCAACUUCACCUGUUGUUUUGACUUCGAUUGGUGAAUAUACUAAUGGUAAUAAUAGUUUUGAUCAUGAAAGAGAUUUAGAUGGAGAACAACUCCGUAGUCGAAGUAAUAGUGCAACACCAAUAUUACAAUCACAGCAAGAUACAUCAUCAUCUGGGUAUAGACAUCGAGCUGGAUCGAUUGGAUCAUCUUUUGCACCAUUACCUCCAAAUGCACCAUACUAUAAUAGUAAUCAAUCUGUUUUAUUUGAAAUGUAUGAAGUUAAACCAACCGAUACUCUUACUGGAAUCGCAUUACAAUUUAAUAUGCCAAGAAAUGUAAUCAUUCAAACAAAUCGUUUAUUAUCUGAUAUGGUUAUUCCUGGUCAAAUAUUAUGGGUAUUUAAAAAAAAGGAUAGAUUUCAACAACAACAACAACAACAGGGACAAGAUUUGGAAAAGAUACCAUUAGAUCUGAAUAAUUUAUCAAUCAACGGCGAUUUAAAUACAAGUGUAUCAUCUGAAGAUUCAAUUUCAUUGACUCCACUCGCAUCCCCAUUGAUUGUUCCAACUAUUGCUAUAUUAUCACCACAACAACAAUCACAACAACAAUCACCAUUCACUGGAAAUAGACCAAGAAGUAGAAGUAGCAAUUCAUCCAAUAUAAACAUAAAUGACCUUUUCAAACCAGUCAAAGAGGAAGUGCAAAUGGCAUUUCAAACUUUGGAUCCAAAUUUUAUAGCAUCAAGUGGAAAUGGUAAAAUGGAUGGUACUAUACCAACCAUUCAUGUUGAACAAGCUCUGACAUCUCGUGGAUCAGCUCUAAUCACAAAAUCAACUAGUCAAAAUUCAUUUGAUACGGCAAGUGAUAAAUAUAGUUGGGGUAGUCAUAGAACUAGAUUUACUCAAAUCCCCAAAGAAAGCAUUCACAAGGAACAAUUAAUUUGCUUUACAAAAAACAAAAGAAUCUAUGGUACUCUAACAUUGACACCUUAUCAAUUUAUUUUUCAAUCACAUUACAAUACCGAUCAAAUAUUUGCCGAUUACAUUCAAAUCAUUUCUUGUAAAUAUUUCCCAAACAAAACUGAAUGGAUUGCUCAUUUAUCAAGGGAUUGGAAUAAAGAACAAAGUUUAAUUAAAAAAAAGAAUCAAGAUAAUCAUGAAUAUGAUGUAUUUAUCCAAAGUGAAAUUUCAAAAUUAAAUGAAUUGGAAGAGGAAAAUACCAUAUCAAUCAAUGGAAAGGAUAAAAAAGUAUUGGUUUUCCCUUGUAUCUACCUAUUGAUUUACAAGGAUAAAUAUAUUCAAACUUUAUUCUUGAGAGGUAUUGAUGAAAAUAGUGUACAAAAGAGUUUCUCAUUUUUAAAAAAAUUGAUUGUUGAUCGUAAAGAAUCUUCACCAAUGGCAGUUUCACCUGUUCUUGGAUCAACACCAAUCAACAAUACAGCAACAACAAUACCAUUGGUUAAAUUACCACCACCCAUUCCAAUUGCAUUACCACCAACUCUUGCAUCACUUGGUGGAGGGUCAUUUGAAGAACACAGUUAUUCACCAAAACUCAUUCAAACAUUUACAAAGUAUGAAAAACCAUUGGAAGAUGCUCUGCUAACCUCUGAAAUAUUCAAGAGACUUCGUCAUUAUCUCCCCAUUCGACUCCAAGGCAAUGACGUAGAGUUGAAAUAUAAUUCUACCAAUGAUGGUGUCUCUUUUCAAACUUUUUUCAGAAAAAUGAAAGGUAUCAAGUUUUCAAUCCUCUUGGUUAAAGAUAAUGGUGGUCAUGUAUUUGGAGCAUUUUUAUCAGAUGAAAUUAGAACAAAGGAUGCCAAAUUUUAUGGAGAUGGUGAAACCUUUUUAUUUAAAAUAUAUCCAGAAUUUAAUGUUUGGAAGUGGUCCAAAGAAAAUGACUUUUUCAUUUAUUCUACGUUUGAAUAUUUUGUGGUUGGUGGAGGUUCAUCAUUUGGUCUUUGGAUGGAUACUGAUUUCCUUCAUGGGUCAAGUGGAGUUUGCGAAACAUUUAAAAAUCAAUGUCUCUCUUAUGCAAGUGAUUUCAAUCCAAUCGUAGUUGAAUGUUGGAGUGUUGGUGCUUGA